GGGUAUCGUACCUACGGGCCUCGUUCGCAAGCUUUACGAGGACGCGAGUCAAAUCACCGAAUCGGCUCCUUAUUUCUGGAAAGUCUGGUUAGAUAAAUCAUUUCAUGAAAUGGAUAUCUACGCCGUUAUUUACGAACACGAUCCAGAGGCAUCCCUCAAUAGUGUUGAUGUUGUUGUUGUGCAAUACGAUGCUGUCCACCAUACUCUGACGCCUGUGCUCUUCACUCACUCGAAAUGGGUAUCAGAGGACAUUGGUCAGUAUGAGGAACAGGUGGUCAAAGCAGCGUUGACAUACAUGGCGCGUGGAAAUUUGCAAAGAGUUCAUGCACUAACUACAGUUGGAUUGUCGUUUCAGGUCUGGGUUGUGAAUCGAGAGAAGGAAGAGCUGGAGCCAUUCAAGGAUAGCGAAAAGUACAUCGAUGCUGACUGCGAAGAGGCUGAUAUCCUUGUGCGAUUUGUUGAUAGCAUCGAGCAGACCAACCGCUGAGGCGACGUCCUCUGAUCACGGAGUGCUUGCUCUCUUUUGUAGAAGGUAAAGCAGCAGGCGAGGUCCUGAGUGUUUUACAUUCUUUGAAAGGUCUUUGAUAACAUCGAUGAGAUGGCAC